UAUUAAAAGUUUCAAAGACAGAUUUUGGGAAGAUAAAGAUGGGGAUGAGAUUUGAAAGAGAUAGAAUUUACUGAAAAAGUAGAAGUCAGCUUGGAGUUAAAAAUCUGAUUUGGAACUGUAUUAUGGGAGAUAAAAUCUGAAGAAUCUGUGAAAAAGAAACUCUCUUGGGUAACCUGUCUUCUCCAGUCGUCGAGAGUGAGAGAUCUUCAUCAGAGACAUCAUUUAAGAUCAAGUUUCAUUUCUUUCACCUGAUUAAUACUCAUUGGUGAGUGCUAUGGAAGAAAUAUGACUUGAUGUUAAUAAGAAGUUGUAACUUACAAAGCGGGAGAAGCAAAGUCUCUCCUUCUGAGGCCCUCUAAUACUCUCUAACAGAGAAGGUGCGUAAUGUCUGUUUCUUCCUGAUGACAUAGGAGUGUGGCGAGUCG